UUUUUUGUAAAUUCAUCAUUUGUAGGUAUCAAAAUACUGUAUGAACUGUAAAAAAUAUGUUAUAUAGGUGCAUUAAAUUUGGAAUAUUUACUAUCAAAAGCUAAGCUAUAACGAACUAGUGAGCUACAUUUAGCUUUUGACAGGUGAUUGAGAUAUCUGUGGCUGCUCAAAAUAUUUGUGUCUCGACUUAAGUGCUUUCAAAUUUUCUAUGGUAGAUCUUGAUAAUCGUUGACAUUAACAGCUCAGGACAGUUUAGUUGGCAGUUUUAUUUUUCAGCGCAAUACUGACUCUUCCCUGUGCGUUCUAUUGGGAACUUAAAAUGAAUAGAGUAGAUACUUGUAUAGGCCGUUUCCACAGACUUCUAGAUCUUUUAGGAAGCGUUUAAACUUUUUCUAUGACACUAUACAGGAGUAUAGAAUUGUCUGGAAAGUUUCAAACAUUUCAGGAAAACUUGUGUAGGCCCAUUUUGUAAAUCUUUUCAAAGUAGCUUGGAAAAAAAUGCGCAGAGCUUUGGAGAAAGACCGAAUGGUAAGGAGAGUCACGAACUGCUUUCUACCGUACGUCCUAUAUUUUUAUAUUUGAAAGGGAAGAUGUCUCAAGUGCAGAAAAAAUAGUGUUUUUAACAAAUUACCUUGUACUACCGAGGAAAGCUAUCGAAAGAUUUACAAUGCUGGACUAAUGAUUACAAUUUUUUUUAGGUGCAUUAAUUAUGCAUAUAUUAAUUACACAAAAAUGGAAUAAAUGCAUCAAGUGCCAAUAUUGGGUACAAACAUUCGACUACGAAUAGUGCAAGCACUGUACAUAAAUACAAUGGUGUUGGAGCAACCCGGUAGAAUGAAGCGCUAUCGUAGCCACUGCCGUUUUUAACGCAUUCUAACCUAACUAUUUAAAUCAUGUAUAAACAUGAACUGCUUUUUUAGACAAAUUUUAUUAUUACCAAGGGAGAUGAAGUGCUUUUUAAAAAGUUUUCGUUUUACAAAAUUCAACCAGAAAAAAUGUUAUAUAACAAUAUCGUCGAAGUUAAAGAAAGUUUCCCCGUCGUUACAACGUUUUGAGCAUUCGGACACUGAUCACACUCAAUUAGACAAUUUAGACGAUUUAAUACACUUUUCGCUUUACAAUGAAGUGCAGCAAUAUCAACCGGCUAAGAAUUUGUUGUAUGCCGACUCUUCGGAUCCUCUAAUUGUAAAAUUAAAAAAUUCAGUUUCGGUACAGGACGUAAUUAAUGGUGUCAAUAACUCGAUGGAUUAUACUCACAUUACUCAAGCUAUUUUAGUAUUGUGGGAUCUUCAGAAAAUGUGUUAUUUUGCGCAGGGUUUAUCUCCGACAGAGCAGAGCGGAAUGGCUUUUAGUAAUCAUCCUCAUAUUUAUUCUCUUAUAGAGUUGGCUAAGGAAAAAUGUGAUAGCUUUGAUCCGGAGUCAUUCAGUUGUUUUUUAAUGUAUGCGAAUAAAUUAGGUUACCAACUAGAUUCUAAUGUGCCACAGUUUUUUAAGAAGGCACUGCACGUAUUGAGCACAAGCACGUCGCUGACUGUAAUAUCACGACUUCUUAAUGUUAUCAGAACCCAAGAAAUGACCUUCGGCUCUCUUUUUGCGGUGCAACCUGCUGUGCCGGUGGUUUUACAGGAGCUCGAAAAAUGUGAAAGUCUGGAAGAUCUAAAACUUAUUACAAUAUGCCUGCAACAUUUUCACCAGAAUGUUACAAUGGAAAUUUUACAGAAGUACAUGGAAGUCGUUAAGAGAGUGAUUUCAACGUGUGACAAUGUACCGGCCACAUACAGGAUAUUAUUGAAGAUUAUAUACUUUUUGAAUUUUCCAAAAUGGAGCGACAGGUGCACCACUUUAUCAUCCGAGCUGGCUUUACAUAUGAAGGGCAACUUGCACACACUGAACGUGUCCGACCUUUGCAUUUUAUUUGAGACUCUAUACAAAACUCACGAACCCGGUGAGUUGCAAACUGAAAUGCAACGUUGUUGUAGAGUAUUUCUACAGUCGGGAGACGACGAAUCAAUUGUUCCCAAAGAAAUGAAGCUGAAACUUUUAUCGUGCAUGGCGUCAUUCUCCUCUACAAUUCAUCGAUCGGAUUACGAAAACGUAAUCGCCGAGUUCCUCAACCUACCUUUAACUAUCACGAGUAUACUAGACUUGCUUCGUAUAGUCACGUUUGUUAAAUCUUCGAAUUCAGACCUUGACGAAAGGUUUUGGCAUAAAACCUUAGAGGUACUCCGACAGAAUAAUACGUACAAGGACCUGGACAUUUUAUUAAAAGUUUGCCAGAAGUACUUGAACUAUAACAAUGACGUCCAUUAUAGAUGCACGAAGUUUGAAAAAUGUGUGCUAAAUUGGUUACACGAAGAAUUUCAAAGCGGAAUUUUAUCCGUUAUACCCUCAAAAUUGUCUUUAGCCGCGGCUUUUAUAUUCGCCUUCGAACAUAAGAGAGAUGUGUGCAAUGCAGUUUUAAAUAAGAUAUUGCAAGUCAGAGAACAAUUUAAUCAUUUGGACGUUUUAUAUCUUUCUAAAGGUAUAAGAAAUUUGGACUCCUCAAAGAACCCUAGCGUAACAGUCAGUCACUUGAAGACUUUGAGUAAUGUCUUAGAUAGCAUUGUCUGCAACAAUAUUUUCGCAACAAAUGACGUAACGCAGAAUAAUUUCUUGAUUAAAAGUUGUGUUUACAGAAGAUGCUUGAAACGAGAUCUUGUCAAUCGUAUUUUUUUUAAUUACACCAUCAAAGAGCCCUUGUCGUCUUUAGCCGUAAGGAAUAUGGUGAUCGGGCUGCAAACCACCGGUACCUUGGUGCCAGAAUUGGUGGAGUCGCUCUCCCACUAUGUCGUCUCCCAUAAGGACUGUAUGUUGGGAUUUAAUGCGGAGAAAGUGGCAUACUUAUGCUAUUACUUGGGAUAUACUCCCAGUAAUUCUGAUUUAUUGUUUGAUAUAAUAGCCGAUAUUAUAAUUCGCGAUCAAGAAAGGUUGAGUGGACUGUCCUAUAUACACGCUGCAAUGGCCCUAUGUUUUUUUCAUAAAUUGCCCACUUCUUGGAUCAAGCAGAUAUUCAAUGUGAAUUUUCUGGAAAAGCUCGAUUUCGAAUUGUCCAUGUGCUAUUUUAAGGAUAAAUACCCCAUUAGAGUAAGGAACAACAUGAUGCAUUUAAAUCGAGCCGUUUGUUUAGACUAUCCUGAAGCGAAUGUACCAUGGUUCCAUAAGAAAUAUAUGGAACAGUUGCAGAAAGCUCCGCCUCUUGCACAAAGCUUUCCCGAUAUUAGACAAUAUUUGUUACACAUUAUUCGUGACCCAGAAAUGCUUGUCCAAGGUCAUCAUACUGCGUACGGGUACCAUAUCGAUUUUUUGCUUCACCAGGAUCCCAAAGGAAACUUCAUUAAACCUGGUACCGAAAAAGGGACAAGAAUCGCAUUGUUGUUAAUGAAAGAAAACGCAUACACAAAUUUGAUGGUGCAACUGAAAGGAUAUCAGCAACUCAAAAAGCGGCAUUUGGAAAUUCUCGGAUAUCGUGUGGCUAGUGUAAACAUAAAAAAGUGGAAUUCUUUACUGUAUGGAGCGGAGAGACUAGAAUUUUUAAAUAAUUUAAUCGAACAUGGCUAGUCAGAAUAUAUUUCAUUAGUUCCUGUUGA